AUGGAUUUGAGUUACAAAAUGAGGGAGGAUUGGUAUCACCAUGGAGAAGUAAUAUCAGGGACUGACAGCAGAAGCAGUGCAAGUGAGAAGAGCAAUGAGAUUUUAGGGUUAUACCAAGCAGCAGCGUAUGUUGAUGAAGAGUUUCUAAGGCAUGGUGACUUAAGUGAGGUUGCUGAAGGUGAAGAUAAGGCAGAAGAUGAGUUUCUUGCUAAGCUAGCCGAUGCAGAAACACCUCUGUAUCCAAGUUGUGGUAACCACAGCAAGCUCUCUGCUAUUGUUUCACUCUUUAGGAUAAAGACUCAGAAUGGUUGGUCUGAUAGAAGCUUUGAUCUGUUGCUUGAGACUUUGCCACAGAUGCUACCGAAGGAUAAUGUCUUGCACACGUCCUUGUACGAAGUAAAGAGGUUCUUGAGAUCUUUUGAUAUGGGUUAUGAGAAGAUACACGCCUGUGUGAACGACUGCUGUCUAUUCAGAAAGGAGUUUGAGAAGUUAGACAAAUGUCCGAAAUGCAAUGCAUCAAGAUGGAAGAGUAACUUGCGCACAGGUGAUGUAAAGAAAGGUAUUCCACAGAAAGUUCUUAGGUAUUUUCCCAUAAUCCCACGUCUGAAGAGGAUGUUCAGGUCAGAGGACAUGUCAAAGGACUUAAGGUGGCAUUUUAGUAAUAAAAGCACUGAUGGGAAAAGCAGACAUCCGGUUGAUUCUGUAACUUGGGAUCAGAUGAAUGACAGAUAUCCUUCAUUUGCCGCUGAAGAAAGGAAUCUUCGGCUUGGGCUGUCCACUGAUGGGUUCAAUCCUUUCAGCAUGAAGAAUGUGAACUACAGUUGCUGGCCCGUUUUGCUUGUCAUUUACAACCUGUCACCUGAAAAGUGUAUGAAGGAGGAGAACAUCAUGUUGUCGUUGCUCAUUCCUGGUCCAACCCAACCUGGUAACAACAUUGAUGUGUACUUAGAACCGCUUAUAGAGGAUCUUAACCACCUGUGGGAGAAAGGAGAGGUAACAUAUGAUGCAGUCAGCCACACGACUUUCACAUUAAGAGCAAUGCUUCUCUGGACCAUUCAGGAUUUUCCAGCAUAUGGUAAUCUCGCAGGCUGCAAAGUAAAGGGGAAAAUGGGUUGUCCAGUGUGUGGGAAAAACACAGACACGAUGUGGUUGACUAACUGCAGGAAGCACGUUUAUAUGUCCCACCGGAAAGGUCUUCCUCCCACACAUCCUUAUCGAGGAAAGAAAGCUUGGUUUGAUGGGAAAGCAGAGCAUGGGAAAAAAGGUAGAAUUCUGAGUGGUCAUAACAUAAGUCAUAUACUCAGAAACUACAAGAAUGAUUUUGGAAAAGUGAAAGUAACUGGAAGGAAGAGGAAGAUUAAUGAGACGGUUGGAUCAGACUCCAAUACGGAUGAUGAAUCCAGUGAUUCAGAGGAAGAGGAAGAGGAAGAAGCAGUUGAUGAGGAAGAGCUAUCUAGAUGGAAGAAGCGGUCAGUCUUUUUCAAGUUACCUUAUUGGGAGGAUCUACCGGUAAGACACAACUUAGACGUUAUGCACGUGGAAAGAAAUGUUGCUGCAAGCCUUAUAGCAACAUUGUUGCAUUGUGGAAAAUCUAAAGACGGUCUUAACGCGAGGAAAGAUCUAGAACUGCUUGGCAUUAGGAAGGAUUUACAUCCUCAACCCCGUGGAAAAAGAACAUACCUUCCUCCAGCUCCUUGGUCUCUGUCCAGCAAAGAGAAAAAAUUAUUCUGCAAGCGGUUAUCAGACUUCAGAGGUCCGGAUGGUUAUUGCUCAAAUAUAUCAAGGUGUGUGAAGUUGGAAGAAUCUAAGAUAUCAGGGUUGAAAUCACAUGAUUACCAUGUAUUGAUGCAACAGCUUCUUCCGGUUGCUAUCAGAGGUAUCAACUGA